UUGUGAACCUUGUCCGUCCACAGUGCCUUAGUCUGAGCAGAUAUAAAUGCCAAGCACACAGAACUUCAUGAGGUCCUUAAAAGGUGGCCAGAAUGCACAGAAAUCCACAUUUUACCUUUAAUCCAAAGGAAGGGAUUGACAACCCAGCUCUGGUCAUGACUGAUGAUCCUGAUCCAAGCGUGGUGCCGAGACUGUGCCACCUGAAGCGUUCAGAGGGCCAAAGCUUUGGCUUUCAUCUGUGUAUGUACAGCCAGGGUUUUGAGAUCACAGAUCUGGAUCCAUGGAGUCCUGCAGAGCACAGUGGCCUCAAGGAUGGAGAUCGAGUACUGGAGGUGAAUGAGGAAUAUGUGGUCAACAUGGAUUUUAGCAGGGUUGUGAGACAGAUCCAGUCAUGUGGCUUACACCUAUUUCUUCUGGUGCUGAAGAGGGAAGAGUAUGAAUGGGCAGUGUCUAUGGGCGUGGACCUAAAAUUCCUGGCCAAAGCCACCAAAGGGGAUCGCUGGUCUCGACCCAGGCUAUGUCACAUCCAAAAACACCCAAAGCAUGGCCUAGGAAUGACUAUUGUCUCAGUCGAUGGUGAAAAGAAUCAAUAUAUGGUGAGAACAGUUAUUGAUGGUCCAGCAGAAAAAGCGGGUAUCUUCAGUGGUGACAGACUGAUCUGGAUUAAUGGACUGAUGGUGUCCACUCUCAGAUACUCAGCUCUCACCAGAACUGUGAAGAACAGUGGGGAUUCAGUGACAGUGCUUGUUAUUGACAGUGACAGUGAGUCAUGCUAUAUCAGGAGGAAAAUGCCCAUCAUGCCUGUGGUGGCACAAAGCUUCAACCUCCCCCACAAUGCUAAGACCAUGAAUCUGGUGAAGGGAAGUGAUGGAUAUGGCUUCCUGUUGAAACAAGAAAAGCUGGCAAGCACACAACAAAAAGUUCAUGUGCUGAGAGAAGUGGACGUGGGGAGUCCAGCUCAGGGUGCAGGAAUGGAGGAUGGAGAGCUGCUGCUUGCUGUCAAUGGGGAACCUAUUGAGUCCAUGGAGCAUGAAGACAUUGUUAGAAAGAUUAGACAGAGUGGGGAUAAAGUCUCGCUUACAGCUAUAUCUAUUCCAGGAAGAGGCUUUUACAGAGAGUUAGGCAUUUCUCCUCUGUUAUUCCAUGAAGACUGUUCUCACCACUGCAUAAAGAACUGGGAGGACGCUCCUCUAAGAAAACCCACAAAGUAUAAUCAGGACAGAGAGGAGGCUGACUCUGGUUUCCACUCAGGUUAUGUCCCAGAAAUGCCAGAAACCGUAAGGAUACAGUACCCUACUGGCCACAGUGAAUGCUGCACGGAAUCUAGGUACUUCACAAGAGAACUCUCUGAAGAUUUAGGUCCAUUGACCAAGAUUUCUGAGAGAACACAUUAUGUUUACUUGUGAUGGAAAUGAACAAAAAUAGAAGUGACCAAGGCCAUCCUGUGGACAGAGCUUAACUUUAAAGAAAGUAAAGAUUUAACAGCUGAUGAAGAUGUGACUGAAGACAAUGUCUUCGUCUGGAUUCAGGCCUGCUUGGUUAUGGGCAGCCUCCCUUUUGAUUUGAUCAUAUAAUGUGAUUUUUGGACACUGAACACCAGAUUUGCAACAAAACAGCAGUAUUAUACGUCCUUGUAGUUGUAAAAUCACAAAUUACUCAUCUCCUGUGUAGUAAUGGUGUCAUCAUGUUUUCUGAAAACUGAAUAAUCACUUCUCUGCAAUUGUCACACUUAGCAAAGCUGAGUGGACCAAACUGCAUCCACUUCUGACCUGCAGGCCCAUUCUUUUUAAAUCCCCAUGCUGUGCUAUCUAUAUAAUAUGACAAACUUUUUGCACCUUGGAUGGGUAUACUCCUAGAUAUUUCAUAUACAAUCUCAAAAUAUAUUAUUGUACUGUGUGCCAUUGGUGCAUAGAGAUUCUGUAUUUUAUUCAUUCAGUCCACAGAUUUUUGUUUUGUCACCUCAGUUAAUUCGAGUCACAAAACCCCCUGAAUGUU